GCAACAGCCCCUUUCGCCUGCCUCCUAAAGUCAUGGAGAACCCUCUGUGAACAUCAAAUGACAAGCACAUCCUCCAUAUCCGAUUCUCUAAUUUCGGCCGGAAACAAAGGUCUUGUAUCCCCUCUCGCCUGCCAAAAGCGCCCGAUCCGCACAGCUUCGCCCGAAGCAUUCUGCCUGAUCACCAAUCCAAGAUCAAGCACUUGGUCCGGAUUUUCAACCGUGUUCCUCGCCAGAAAGCCAUCUCGACGGCGCACAACCCGCUUCACAGCCCCCCGCAAACGCACAUACCCCCUCCCCUUCUCAUCCAUCCCCGUCUCGACAACUUUUCCAAUCCACUCAGGAAGAAGAUCCUCCCCGCUAGGUCCAACGCGAGGCAUCAAAGUCAUCUCCUCAAAAACCCUCCCUUCCAAGCCCGCCCAUGACCACGUCGGCGCCAAAUACUCCCUCGUGUGCGGCCGAUCACUGGGUGUAUCAGUGAACCACAAAAGUUCAUCAAGCAGCUUGUCCUCCCACAUCCCCCAGAGGUUCUUCCAUGAUGUCAGCCUCUCGAUCAGCUGAAUAAGACUCGACACGGCAACAAGGCGGUCGUCAAAAUACGUUAGUUGACAACCAGUAUAGGCCGCCCGGACAGCGCGACACGCUGAAAACAGCGCAGUGGAUGAAUCUCCCCCAGAGGAGGAAGAUGAAGGGGCUCGAAUGCAUUCCCUCAAGAAAUCCGCCUUUGGAGAAAACCGACCAACAUCCCCCCAGGGCUUGCUCUCCGUCGCCAAGCACUCGACACACUCCCAAGCCAAAACCCAGGCCGUAGUACACCGUCCUGGGUCCCAAAAUCCGCUUCUGCAGAACACAUGCGCGCGUGUGCAGCGGUAAAGGGGAGCGGUCAAUCUGCAAAAACGUGUCAAGACGCUGGUGGCAAUCAGCGUGAAGCCCGUGAGGGAGAUGGCAGAUUCGAAAAGCAAGCGGGUCCGCGGAGUGGUCUCUUUGCCGUCGGGCUCUUCUCUGCAAAGCACCCCUGAACGGAGGAGAGGGUCGUCAAGGCGGAGAUGGUGCAGACGGAAUUUGCGUAUAUGUCGCCCAUGAUCUUGGAUUCGUCGCGCCAGUCGGCUUUGGAGUCUUGGAUGAUGCAGAGGGAAUCGAUCCAGAUGUGUGUGUGGCCUAGCUGGCGCGUGACUCUUGCUGCCUCGCGGAAGGUUGAAGGAAGUUGGUUGAAUGGGAUCUGGUGUUGGCAGUCGGCGAGGUUGUCCAGGAGGAGUCGAAGGAUUUUGGCCGCUCCCUAGCACUGGGAAAGGGUGAGGUAGGGCGGUUUUGAUUUGCUGAAGUUUUCUGUGAGGACGAGUCAUAGAUUUAGGUUCUCAUCUCCAGUGACUUGGAUGAGCCGUGUCGGAUAGCCGUGGUUAGGGGUGCCGAGAUUUGCCGCAAGGGCACAAUCUUUAUGACUUGUGACGCAUUGCCUAAGCCAUUCUCUUGCCAGAGCGGCCGAGACAUCGUGGGAGAGAGACUUGGACAAUCGUGCAUUUCUGUAAAUGCUGGGGUCUGGAAACAUAAAACGCGAAGCGGGCUCGGGCGGAUUGUCAAGCCGUCCUUCCAAAUUCCUAAAGACAGAAAGCUCCCCCAUUAUCUUUUCUCGAGUUUCCCCCGGAUCGAGAAUCCCGACUUUCAGCCAGGCCCCUCCUGAUCGUGAGACGAAGAGGCUGACCUGUACACUUCCAGAACCAAUGUCCCUGCCUCUCAACACCCCAAAAAGCAGAAAGAUAGAUGGCACCCUGAAAGCGACGAAAGCUUGAGCUCAGAGAGGGAGGCAUAUGAUCGAAAAUUCUCGGUGCCCUUUUUCAUCGUCGGCAGGAGAUCUGAGUUGGAAGCUGCGCUGUGGCAGGCUGUACACAAGACAUGUUCUUCUGCCAGAUCCGGAGAUCGAGUAGCAGACAUAGCAUCCUGAUGAGAUUCCAAGCUCGAGGACGCAGGCGAUUAACGAGAAACCGCCAAGCUAUUGUGAACCGAGUUGGCUGUCAGAGGGUUUGUCUUGCCGGAUUCCUGCACCGGACCCAGCUCCGUCGUUACUGGUGGUUGAGAGCGAAAGCAUGGGAAGCACCUGAGACAGGAAAGGGAGCUAGCUUAGCAGUCGACGGGCAGGUUCAAGGUGUAGGGAGAACGAACCCAAAGCAACUCGAAAGUCUUGCCAUAUCAGGGGCAUGAUGCCAUCACUACCUCCCAUACACACGGAGAUAAGAUUUUUAGAGGUGGUUGAGCAGAAAUGUUUCGGUUGGGUAGCUGGUUGGGUACCCAUCAUAGCCUGGCGCGCUCCACCUUGCUAUCCAACGCCUUGAAACCUACCCGGCAACAAACUGUCAUCACAGUUCACCUUCCCAAUAUAAUGACCGACAAUGCUAUCAAUCUCCGCCACGAGUGCAAAAACGCUAAUUUUGUUAAAAUCUUGAAUAGUGACGCGUUGCGACCGUUGAUUCACAGAGGGCGAAACCUUGAAUGCACACUCUGCACCUUUUUGCAACAGACCGUGAUGCUUUCUGGCAUCAAGCGUCAUGGAACGUCGCUUGAGCUCGAAACCAGGCGGAACCACGAAGAGAUCGCGGGAGAGCUCUGGUCCCUUGAUCUGGUGCUUCAUUCGUCCUGCAUCAUCUCACGAUGUCUAAUCACCGCCAUUCGCCCGCGCCCCCAAGGACGAUAAAUAUCACAGCGGAGACUCCCCGUCUCGCAUGAUGUAUCCCCGCACCAUCGAAUCAGACAGGAUCGACUACGACAUCUUUGCGUGGAUGGAUAUCCGACUGCGAACAGCAGCAUUCACUCCAGGGUUCAAAAUGCCGCGAGGCCGCCCCCUUUCAUCUCGACAGCUUCCGCAUGGUUGACUGCGCAGGUGCGGAGCCAACCUCAUUGGGUACCCCCUUGUGGGCCAAAGAGAGCAGGAAUGUGCAGUGCUGAACUAUGUCUGGGAAGCAGGAACCCCCUGGGCAACUCGCGGCUGGACCUACCCGGAAGGUGUCCUGUCCAAGCGCCGGCUCGUGUUUACCAAACAUCAAGUCUUCUUUCAGUGCUAGAAAACGCAGUUUCUGGAGGUUCUCUACCCCUCGUCGAGGGAACUCCCCAUGCCUUUUUUGAAAGACGUGUUUCCCUUCGCCUGGAGGGAUAGGAGCCCACUUGAAGUGUUGGGAGACCAUAUCGAGCAAUAUGUCGCCCGGAAUUUCACGGUAUCGACCGACGGCUUAGACGCUCAGGGGUGUUCUACAGCGAUACAAGGCAGACGAGGAUCCCCCCCACUAGGUCUUUGUGGGGCGCCCGUCUCUCCUCGACGAGUGGCACCAUCCCGUUGGCAUGGGCAUGCCCGACAACUUCACGCUUGUCGUGGCUUUGUCGUGUACGAUCGCGGAAGAGCACGGGGUUACACGCCGUCCUGGAGGCUUCCCGAGUUGGACUUGGCUUGGGUGGAAGACGGGGAAGAGGACGAGCUUGUAUCCUUUAUCGGUUCGACUUGGUUCGGCCGCGUCAUGUUGCCCAACUGCCACUUGAUCAAAAGCGGUUGUCAGAUUUCAGAAGGACAACAGCAGUAGUAGUGCCCGGGUUUGGUAUUCAGCGGUUGGGAAACGAAAAAGAGAUUUUGUCUCAGAUCAGAACAUGAAAAAAUCUCGAGACUGGAGAUUCCGGGUUGGCGGCUCGACAUCACGGUCCGGGUCAAGUAUGGAGACAGGUUGAGUAUUGUUUCGUCCCACGGUUUUUUGAGGGGUUAUUUUUUCCACUCAGCACGGGCAUUGGAUGUCAUGGAGCCUCACACCUUUUCAACGAGGAUGGCAUCGGUACCUUCACUUGUCUUCUCCUUUACCCGACAAGAGGUGAUGAUAACGAGUGGGAGUUCUACCUCUUGCUCCUCAAGCCACUACCGGAAGCUGAUCAUUUUGAACGGUCGGAUCGUAUCUGGGACGAGUCGUGGGAGGAGUUCCUUCAAAUUGACGAGGAAACGCAGAAAUCGGGAAGCUGCCCCUGAAACGGGACAAGAUCAUGCCGAUGUGAGAAUUUUGCAACUUACACCAGGUCUGUCGCGCAGUGUUAUAAGUAAAGGCAGUCUAAGACCAUGAUUGGACAAUUAGAUAUAGAGUUGAGAUACAGAGUUUGGGCAGACAUCGAGGCUGAAAAAAUAAUAGCAAUGGGCA